AUGUCUUACAGAUUACAAGUCACAGAUCCUGUAAAAGAUAAAAUUUCAAUCUUAGAAGUUGAUUAAACACUUACUGUAUUAGACUUAAAGGCAUUAAUCGAAGUUGAAGUAUUUUAUAUUCUAAUCUAAGUUCUAAAUAGCAGUUGCCAGAUAAUAAUUGAUUUAUGGAGGAUAAUUUAUGAAUGAUAAUGAUACUCUCUCAAAAUAUAAUAUGCAAAAUGAAGAUUUGGUUCUUAUUGAGAGGAAACCGAAAUAAUAAAGGACUCCAUUAGAAUUAGAAGCUAUUAAGUUUAUCAAACAUAUCCAAUAAAAUCCUCAUUUGAUGGAAGCAAUAAGAAUCAAAGAUCCAAAAUUGGCAGAAUCAAUAGAAAAAAAAAAAUUAGCAGGUGUUAUGGAAUAUAUUUAGAAAUAAGUAUAAAUCUCAUUUCAUUAAGCAAUAAAAAAAAUUCUAACAAUAAUAAGAAUACAUACGAAAGAUGUAACAAUUGGAAUAAGAUCCCCUUAAUCCUGAAAAUUAAAAACUUAUUGAAGAAAUGAUCAACAAAAAAAAUAUUGAAGAAAAUCGAGAAUACGCUGAAGAAUUCAUUCCUGAAAGUUUUGGAACAGUUACUAUGUUAUAUAUUGAAUUAUCAAUUAAUCGUCAUCCUGUAUAGGCUUUUGUUGAUAGUGGGGCACAAAGUACAAUUAUGUCCAAAGCUUGUGCAGAGAGAUGUGGAAUAAUGAGAUUGGUAGAUACUCGUUUUUCAGGUAUAGCCUAAGGAGUAGGUACUUAAAAAAUUAUUGGAAGAAUUCAUGUUGUGGAAAUGUAAAUACUAAAUCAAGUAAAUCUAUUUGAAUUAUCAUUAGUUUUUACCAUGCUCUUUGACUAUUUUAGAUGGUGAUGGCAUUGAUUUUUUGUUUGGAUUAGAUAUGCUUAAAAGAUAUUAAGUAAUAUUGUAUACAUAAUUAUUAGUGUAAUAUAAAUUUAAAAGAUAAUUGUUUAAUCUUUCCAAAUGAAAAAUUAAGUGUACCAUUUCUACCAGAAGGUUAGAUUCAUAAAAGAAUAAGCAUAUAAUAAGAAUAGGAGAUCUUAAAAAGACAAAAUAGCGAUUCUUAAAUAGAAGAAGAAUAGCCUAUAAAAAGUUCAAAUUAACCAUAAUAAUAAUAAACAUAAUAAUAACCAUAAUAAUAAUAAUAAUAAUAAUAAUAAUAAUAAUAAUAAUAAUAAUAACAACAACCUAGUCAUACUAGACAUCCAGAAUCUUCAAUAUAAACAAUUAUUAAUAUUGGAGCUUCAAGAGCUGAGGCUAUAAUUGUACUAGAUUAGACAAAUGGUAAUUUAGAAUUAGCAGCAUCUAUAAUAAUGUAGUAAAAAUAUGGUUUUAAUUGA